AUGAAAACGGCACAGUAUCGUCUCGACAGGCUGUUCGGUCUCCAUGGACGGCUGGUGGCAAGUACGCCAGUCUUUUUCCUGAUAGGCUCUGUUUUAGUUGCCGGGAUUUUGGGUGUCGGUUUCAUGUUUAUUCAAGCGGAAUGGGACAUUGUCUACUUGUUCAGCCCUGAAAAUGGACGAGUGGGCCAAGAUCAAGCAGCCGUCCGUCGCUGUUUUUCCACUAACUAUUCCGACUUCUUACCGGACAGACAGACCAACGUAGGUAACUUCGGUAAGGUGAUCAUCGUAACAGAAGACACCGGUAACCUGCUGAACUGUGAACUUGCAAGACAGGUGCAAACAAUCCACCAAACUAUAGUGGAAACGCCUGUUACUGUUGGUGAACAGACUCUAACCUACAAGGAUCUGUGCGCGAGGAGAAACCAAACGUGCGUCUUUUCUCCUCUUGUGGACCUGUUGAGUCAGCAAUGCCAGGGGGAUGUCGGGACGAUAAACAUUACAUUCCCGAUAGCGAGCUACCGCGAGAAUACGUCGGUGUUUCUCGGCCAUCAGAUCGGUGGGGUAGACUUUCUCCCAGACAGAAAGACACUGAAACGAGCGAGUGCUUUUCAGCUGUCUUACCAUCUGCAGCCAGAUGAGGGAGGCACAGCUGAAGCAUGGGAGCAAGCCUUCACUCGCAAAGUGUUGGAACUUUCCACUGAUAACCUUACUGCGGUCCCGCUGACAUCCACAACACUUGAAACAGACAUUAUUGACACAAGUGCUGCAGUUGUCCGCAGGUUUGCAUUGAUGUUUGCCCUUGUCAGUAUCGUGUGUUCUGUAUCAUUAAGCGCAGACUGGGUCCGGGCAAAAGUGUUAGUGGGAAUGGGAAGUCUGUUGGCCCUGGCCCUGGCUUUCCUGUCCACUUUUGGACUUCUACUGUGGUUAGGGUUCAAGUUCAUCCCUCCCAUCGGCCUGAUCUCAUUCCCCAUGCUAGGACUUGAAGCGGCAAACAGACUUCACCUGGCCACAUCGUGGUGGCGAACAGACGAGACCGCGGCGGUACCGGAGCGCCUGGGGCGGACCCUCCGCGAGACCGGGGUGCCCAUGACCUAUACCGCGGUCAUACUAGCCGUCACCUACGGAGUCAGCAGUGUUACAGACUUUCCAGGUUGGCAUCCCAGUUGA